AUGUGUGGGAUUUUCGCAUAUUUGAAUUUUAAUGUUAGUAGAGAGAGGCGCUAUAUUUUAGAAGUUCUAUUCAAUGGCCUUAGGCGUUUGGAGUACAGAGGCUAUGAUUCUGCAGGGAUUUCUAUCGAUUCCUGUAAUUGCUCGGGUUUGGAUGUGAAUCCUCAAAUUGUCACUCCUCCUCUUGUAUUUCGUCAAGAGGGGAACAUCGAGUCCCUUGUCAAAUCUGUCUACAAUGAAGUUGAUGCUACGGAUUUAAAUUUAGAAGAAUCAUUCUCAAUUCAUGCUGGAAUAGCUCACACACGCUGGGCUACCCAUGGGGAGCCUGCUCCAAGAAAUAGUCAUCCUCAAACCUCUGAUGCAGGGAACGAGUUCGUGGUUGUUCAUAAUGGAGUUGUUACUAAUUAUGAGGUGUUAAAAGAGACGCUAGUUCGACAUGGUUUCACCUUUGAAUCAGAAACAGAUACAGAAGUGAUACCAAAGCUUGCAAAGUUUGUUUUCGACAAAGCGAAUGAAGAAGGUGAUCAGAGCGUGACAUUUAGUCAAGUUGUGCUUGAAGUAAUGAGGCAUCUGGAAGGAGCCUAUGCUCUCAUUUUUAAAAGUCGGCACUACCCCAAUGAAUUGAUUGCUUGCAAACGUGGUAGUCCAUUACUCCUUGGGGUAAAAGAGUUGGCAGAAGAGGCCAGCAUUGGAGCAUCAUUUAAUGACACUAAAUUUCUAUCAAGAAAUGGGCAACCGAAGGAACUAUUUCUGUCAAGUGAUGCCAAUGCUCUGGUAGAACACACAAAAAAGGUCCUCGUGAUUGAGGAUGGCGAAGUUGUUCAUCUCAAGGAUGGAGGCGUGUCCAUUUUGAAGUUUGACCAAGCUAAGGGUAACCGUGGAAGAACUCUUUCUAGGCCUGCUUCUGUUGAACGUGCAUUAUCUAUUCUCGAGAUGGAAGUUGAACAAAUAAACAAAGGAAAAUAUGAGCAUUAUAUGCAGAAAGAAAUACAUGAACAACCUGAAUCUCUUACAACAACAAUGCGAGGGAGGCUUAUACGUGGAGGAUCUUGUAAAGCCAAGUCCGUCCUUUUGGGAGGGCUCAAGGAUCACCUCAAAACCAUAAGAAGAAGCAGAAGAAUUGUUUUUAUUGGCUGUGGCACAAGUUAUAAUGCUGCUUUAGCUUCAAGGCCCAUUUUGGAAGAACUAUCUGGUAUUCCUGUGACAAUGGAGAUUGCUAGUGAUCUGCUGGAUAGGCAGGGACCCAUUUACAGAGAAGAUACUGCUGUCUUUGUUAGUCAAUCUGGUGAAACUGCUGAUACUUUAAAUGCAUUAGAGUAUGCCUUAGAAAAUGGUGCACUGUGUGUGGGUAUCACAAACACUGUUGGCAGUGCAAUUGCUAGGAACACCCACUGUGGUGUUCAUAUAAAUGCAGGCGCUGAAAUAGGUGUGGCAAGCACCAAGGCAUACACAAGUCAAAUUGUAGUGAUGGCUAUGUUAGCCCUUGCAAUUGGAGGCGACUCAAUUACUAGUGAAGAAAGAAGGGAAGCAGUAAUAGAUGGUCUAUUUGACUUGCCAAGUAAAGUGAAAGAAGUUCUCAAGCUUGACCAGGAAAUGAAAGAUCUUGCAAAAUUACUUAUGGCUGAGCAAUCACUUCUUGUUUUCGGAAGAGGAUAUAACUAUGCAACAGCUUUGGAAGGUGCUUUGAAGGUAAAAGAAGUGGCACUUAUGCACAGUGAAGGAAUACUUGCUGGUGAAAUGAAACAUGGUCCAUUGGCUUUAGUGGAUGAAACUCUCCCAAUUUUCGUUAUUGCUACCCGUGAUGCUUGUUUCUCAAAACAGCAAUCAGUCAUUCAGCAACUUCAUGCUCGGAAAGGUCGACUUAUAGUAAUGUGCACGAAAGGAGAUGCAGCAUCUGUUUCCGUUGGUGGAUCCUGCCGUGUCAUUGAAGUUCCUCAGGCCGCGGAUUGUCUGCAGCCUGUAGUUAAUAUAGUUCCAUUGCAGCUAUUGGCUUAUCAUCUUACGGUACUAAGGGGACACAAUGUUGAUCAACCGCGGAAUCUUGCAAAGAGCGUGACUACUCAAUAA